AUGGCGGACAAGACCGAAAGACCCACGAGCUCACACAGUUCCGACAAAGACGGCGACGACUUCGAAGACGCUUCUGAGAUUACCCCUCGCCCCGACUCACACUCCGAACGAUCGCAGUCACGGUCACGCUCCCUCCUACAGCGAGAGUCUUCCAACUCCACCGUACAAGCCGGCAAACCAGUCUCCCCCAACCCUGCAGUGCCAAAACUGCCCAAAGAGGAGAGCGACGACAGCGAGGAGGAUGACGACGAUGAUGACGACGACGACGACGAGGACGAAGAUGACAGCGACGAGUCAGAGAGCGAACCCGAAAUCGUCAAAAACCCUACCGAGACUGCACCGGCAGCCAAGUCACCACUCUUGACUGGACACAGAGUCUCAGUCACCUCAGACAUGGAUGAUGUGUCGCUGGAUAGUGAAGGCUCCAAGGCUGCCGGCAUACUCCCUAAACUACCACCGCGAGACUCUCGAGACUCCACAAGCUCCGCAAAUGGCCUACAAGGCCUUUCCGGCACGAUGGCACCCGUAAAAUUCCCUCCUCCACCCGCACCGCCCGCUGUACAAGAGAAAGAGAAAUCCGCGCCAGCACCGACGACCAGGAAGCUCACGGGCCCCUUUGCGUGGCUUUCGAGGAAUAGUUCCAGCAAGAAGCCCGAGUCUCCACCCACAACUACAACAACUGCCGAGCGACGUCAUACUGGGGCAUCUAUUGCAACCAUCGGCAGCAAUCCUGAGCUCACUUUGAGCAGGAUCGAAGACGAAGGAGACAUGGGCUCCAAGAACAGAUCAAGCCAGGGCAGCCUGCGAGAUCGCUUCAAGAUUCUGCGGAUGAGGGAAGAAGCGGGCAUAACACUGGAUGACACAACUGGAGAUGGCAGUCCAGCAGCAGCAUUAGCAUCACCAGGCCUCGGUCUCGGCAUUGCCAGCCCCACCCCUCUAGCUGAGGAAGAGCCAGGAAGUCCUCCAGCGCUCGCAAAGCAACCUACAAUAAAUCCCAAGUUGGCCCCCGGUACUGCUUCUGGUUUCGCCGCUGGUCCGGCAGGAGACGCGGCUGAGCCUGUCGAUUGGGAUCUAUGGCAGUCAGUGGUCAACGAGGGCCCAGCCGCAAUUGCGCGUACCAGCUCCGAAGAACUGAACCGCGCCAUCGCCAGCGGUAUCCCUCAAGUCAUCCGUGGUGUUAUUUGGCAAGUGCUGGCGCAAAGUAAAAGCGAAGAGCUGGAGAGCAUGUACAGGGAGCUAGUCGCUCGUGGAACAGACAAAGAAUACAUGAGCGUCAGGAACAGCACCGUCAGCACCGGCCAAGCCAGUGCGAACGGAAAGGACUCGGUCGCUUCUUCCUCGUCUUCUGUGCAUUCUGACUACUCGAGCCCGGCUACAACAGCUGCCAGCACGACUGCGCCAUUAGGCUCGCCAUCACUCACCUCGGACGAAGAUCCCAUCAAGGUACAAGCGAGGCUUGCGGCGGAGAAGAAGCAGAAUGCAGUCACCAUCUCGAAAUUAGAGAAGGUCAUCAAGCGCGAUCUCGGAGCCCGAACGAGCUACUCCAAGUACCUCAUGGCAGCUGGGCUACAAGACGGUCUCUUUGGCAUCUGCAAAGCCUAUGCUCUGUACGAUGACGCUGUUGGUUACGCUCAAGGCAUGAACUUUAUCGCUAUGCCUCUUCUCUUCAACAUGCCUGAGGAAGAAGCAUUCAGUCUCUUUGUUACGCUCAUGAACAAAUAUCGUCUACGCGACCUCUUUGUGGCUGAUAUGGCCGGACUCCAUCUGCAUCUUUACCAGUUCGAACGCCUUUUGGAAGAUUUGGAGCCCGCUCUCUACUGCCACCUUCGCCGAAGAGAGGUCAAGCCUCAGCUUUACGCAACGCAAUGGUUCCUUACGUUGUUUGCAUACCGAUUCCCGCUACAGCUCGUCUUGCGCAUCUACGACCUAAUACUCAGCGAGGGUCUUGAGUCUGCGAUCUUGAAGUUCGGCAUUGUGCUGAUGCAAAAGAACGCCGAAACGCUGCUGGGUAUGAAGGAUAUGUCUACCCUGACACAAUUCCUCAAAGAGCGACUAUUCGAUGUCUACAUUGACAAGGCUCCGUCAGCCAACUCCAUUCUCGAGAAUGGCUUCUUCGGUUCGACGGCCGGUAUCGACAAGGAAAUUUACCGCGCUGAUACUCUCGUCAAGGAUGCAGUUUCUGUCAAGAUCACGCCAGAGAUGCUCAAGCAAUACACUGCUGAGUGGAAAGAACAGCAACGCGUAGAGAAGGAGCGCGAGACUGAACUUCAUGGACUGAAAGACAAGGUCACGCAUCUGGAACAGAAGGUCCGGUCUCUAGAGCAUCGUGCUGAACAGUCCGACAUGGAACAUGUCCAGGUCGCUUCUGAGCUCAUCAAGACCAAGGUCGAGAAUGAGAACUUCGCUGAAGAAAACGAAACUUUGAAGACCAAGGUCUUGGAACUACAGAAGAUCGUCGACACCCAACCUGCCGAGGUUGAAGCACGGCUGAAGAGCGAAAUGGAGACUGUCAUGCAAAAGAACAUUGUCGUCCACAACGAGAACCGCAACUUAGAAGACUCGAUGGCCGAGAUGGAGAAGGAGUUGGUCGAUGUCAAGAUGCAAUGGGCUACAAUCAACGAAGAGCACGAAGCGCUCAAGCAAAAGUGGAACAACAUUUCGCAGAUGAUGAAGUAA